AUGGAUAUGCUUGGGGACGAAGAUAAAAGAAAAGUUCCAGAAAUGUUACAAAAAAUAUUAAGAUAUGAUGUACAAAUUACCAAGAAAUUUGUCGAAAAUGCUCAAAAAGUAACUGCCCUAAGAUCACUUGGAAAUCAUUCUAAAUUAUUAGAGGUAUCAUGUCAUGGAGUAGUCUGGCUUGCAGGUUGGCUCACAUUCAUAUGGUUAUUCAAUAAUAGUGAAUUGUAUCAACUACAGGUUAACAUGCUUAUAGCUCUCCUACUUGAUAUUGUGGUGAUAGCAAUAAUAAAAGCAUUUGUGAGGAGAAGAAGACCAAUACCAAUGAAUAAACUGAUACCAGGAAAUCCAGACAAGUACUCAUUUCCUUCUGGUCAUGCAAGUCGCUCUGUUUUAGUUGCAUUUAUACUGAUAUGUGUAGACCCCGUCUCAUUUAUCUUUUAUCCGCCUUUGAUGGCCUGGGUUACUUCUGUAGCAGUAUCUAGAGUCCUUAUUGAAAGACAUUACUUUUUGGACAUAUUUGCAGGCAUUGGCUUAGGAAUUAUAGAGGGACUGUUUAUAAGUCUUGUGUGGCUCUCCCAAAGUACAUCAACUAGUAUUCUUAAAUCUUUAUCAGAUGAAAAAAGAGAUGGCGGAGAAUUCCAUGUCUAA